CAGGAGCUGGGGGCGGUGUCAGGUAUGGGGACAUCGGGGCACGGGUGGGGGGAGGGGUGCAGUCUGUGCCACUGGGUAAACCCUGGCCCCUCAGCCCAGCCCCCAGGCCCCAGCCGGCCCCGAGGUCUGCAGGACCCCAUGCUGACCGGCUGAAACUGCUCCCAUUCCCCCCAGAAGGACUUCAGACCCCUGGUGGGUCGGGGGCUUCCUUGGCUCCAGGGUCCCACAUGUGUAACCCAGGGUGCCGGCAGCAGUCACCCCAAACCAGUCCUGUGACCCUCCUGGUCCCUGAGGCACCCUUACCUUUGACCCCACUCCUUGGGAGUGCUCCCAGCCCUGACCUCUCACCCAGCCCCUGGACCCAAAGGCUGUGGGGGCGGGAACAGGGGCAGCAGAAUUCCAGGUCUGGAGAGCCACGCGUGUGAACAUUGGGGUGACACACGUAUGGACACACAUGUCAGCAGUCGUGUACAUGAUAUGGGGGACUGGAUUGAGAGCUGUGGAGGGGACAUCAGUGAGAUCACAGGGUGUAAGGACCUGGGCUGAGGUGCAGAGUGGGGGGCUGGGAGGCCUCAAGGGCUGCUCCAGGCACCACCCUCAGACCUGUCCAGGCUGUGGAGGCCUGAGUGACCGCAGCUGCGCCUCACCCUCUGCGCCCAGCUCACCAGGCGGAGGACGGGAGGCCAGCCAAUCCCGAGGCCGAGGCCACGCCCCCGGCCAGCAUGACCUGAGUCCAUAAAUACACCUGCCGGGGCCCAGCCCAAGGACUCACACCUGCUCGGCACGCACACUGGGACACGCAACCCCUGCCCUCCACCUGCCAGGAGCACGCAGAGGCGCACCCGCCAGCCCAGCCGCCGAGACAGCUGCGACAGCCGAGGAGGGCACCUGCCCCAGGAGCCCAGGCUGGGCCCGGCCCGGAGAGCACUGCCUGAGCAGAACCAGGAGCCGCGGAGCCUGGCCCGGGCCGGCCAGGAGCACCAUGCCCCGGCCCCGCUGACCCCCGGCCGCCAGCUCUUAGCCAUGUCGUCACGCCAGCAGGUGUGGCAUACAGCCACGCUGCCCCCCAGCCUGGGCAGCCCCACAGCCCCCCUGCCCAGGUCCCCCAGCUCGAUCAGCGACCCCAGGUCCCCCAGCUCGGUCAGUGGCCUGAGGUCCCCCAGCUCGGUCAGCGGCCUCAGGUCCCCCGGCUCGGUCAGCGGCCCCAGGUCCCCCGGCUCGGUCAGCGGCCUGAGGUCCCCCAGCUCGGUCAGCGGCCUCAGGUCCCCCAGCUCGGUCAGCGGCCUGAGGUCCCCCGGCUCGGUCAGCGGCCCCAGGUCCCCCGGCUCGGUCAGCGGCCUCAGGUCCCCCACCACCCCCGGCUCAGAGAAGGUGGCCUCUCCCCUGGAGUGCUCCAUCUGCUUCUCCGGCUAUGAUAACAUCUUCAAGACGCCCAAGGAGCUGUCCUGCACCCAUGUCUUCUGCUUGGAGUGCCUGGCACGGCUGGCGGCCGCCCAGCCAGCCGGCCGGCCGGGCAGUGAGGCUGUGCCCUGCCCGUUCUGCCGGCAGCCCACCGCCGUGCCCGCCGACGGGGCCCCCGCGCUGCGCACCAGCCGCCAGCUGCAGGCCAAGAUGCCGGCGCACCUGCAGCGGGAGGAGCCGGUGUGGCUGGAGGGCACCAAGCUGUGCUGCUGCCUCCCCCCCUCCGCGCCCGGCCUGGCGACGCCCGGCUUCGUGUGUGUGGACGUGGGCCUGAGCAAGCCGCCCGAGCCCGCCCUGCCCGCCCCCAGCCCCAGCCCCAGCGGCCGCCCCCGGGGCCGCCUGGCCCGCUGCUGGGCCCGCUGCGGGGACUGGAAGCGCAUGGCGCUCAUCACGGCCCUGCUGCUGGCCCUCUUCUGCGUGGUGCUCUGGCCGGUGCAGUGCGCGCUCAGGACCGGGAGCCUGCACUGCCUGACCCGGCCGCCCGCCAUCGCCGCGCCCACCACCGUCAGCUACCCAGCCACCUUCCCGCUCGGGCCACUGGCCGACGACUAGCUGUCCGUGCCCAUGGGGGACCCAGCCCACAGCCGAGGGAGGAAUCAGUCCCAGGUCCCCACAGGAGCCCUAGCAUCUCUGGGGACCCCAUUUGGCUCACGGACCCCACUCUGGGGCUAGAUCCUGAUGGCUCCCCAAAGCUUCCAAGAAUAAUGGGCUCCCGUGAGCCCCAGAGACCACCCCUACCUCCCGGUGAGGAGCCCGAGGCCCAGCACCGCCUGGCCAGGCCCCGUACGCGCUGUGAAUCGCCCACAGAGGCAGCCCCUGUGGGAAGGGAGGGGCCUCACCCUCACAUUUCACGCGGCUCCUUCCCCAGGCAGGGCCGGCCCUCCCUGGGGUGGGGGCGCUGAGCCUGCCCCCGGAACUGCACGUUUGUAAAUAAAUUAUUUUGUAUCCA